AGAAAACCGAGGGAGACUCUCCUGAACACGGUGGGGAUGCUCGGCUGCUCUGUGGCUUAGCAAGCGACCCCAGCUGCCCUGCCAGGGCCGGCCGGCCGCGAUUCCGUCCCGACGGGGGGGAUCCUCGGCGGCACUACGGACGCCACUCUGCCAAGGAGGCAGCGGGGUUCGGCCUGUUAGCCCCAGACUGUGUGGCAGGCAAAAGGUGAACGUCAAAGCCUGUCCCCGGCUUCUUCACAUCCCGCGCCUCCGCGGGCGUCGGGCCGCCCCCGUGAGCCUCCCCGGAUGGACUGGGUUUUAGGGACCCCCGAAGCCGGACUGCAAAGCUUCCCACCAGCCCUUCCCACGAACCUCCCAGCCCGGGCCGCAAGCCCAGCUCCGGGCGCGACGACGUGGGGCCGGGGGUAGAAGGAGUCUCAGCGCGGCGGGGGGCGGGGAAGCCCCCCCACCCACGAGAAAGGUCUUACAUCAGCCGCCCCACGUGCAAUCGGAGAGAGGGAGGAAGUCGCUCCUCUAUUCGGGCUGCGCCUUUCCCCAGCCUCCGCCCCGCCCGCCGCGAGUCUCCCCGCCCCGCCUUGGUGCAGCCGCGGCCGCCGAGCCGAGCAGCGCCGCGCCGGGCUGAGUGGAGCCGAGCAGCUGCCGCGCCGCGUCGCCGGUUUAAGCGCAGUGCAGGCCGCGGCCGGGGGCGGCGGUAGUGAGCCCAGCGCUGCGCUCCAGCCCCCUUUUCCCUCCAUGGUUUCUCUCCGCUCCCGUGAGUAACUUGGCUCCGGGGGCUCCGCUCGCCUGCCCGCACGCCGCCCGCCACCCAGGACCGCGCCGCCGGCCUCCGCCGCUAGCAAACCCUUCCGACGGCCCUCGCUGCGCAGGCCGGGACGCCUCUCCCCCCUCCGCCCCCGCCGCGGAAAGUUAAGUUUGAAGAGGGGGGAAGAGGGGAACAUGGACAUGAAGAGGAGGAUCCACCUGGAGCUGAGGAACCGGACCCCGGCAGCUGUUCGAGAACUUGUCUUGGACAAUUGCAAAUCAAAUGAUGGAAAAAUUGAGGGCUUAACAGCUGAAUUUGUGAACUUAGAGUUCCUCAGUUUAAUAAAUGUAGGCUUGAUCUCAGUUUCAAAUCUCCCCAAGCUGCCUAAAUUGAAAAAGCUUGAACUCAGUGAAAAUAGAAUCUUUGGAGGUCUGGACAUGUUAGCUGAAAAACUUCCAAAUCUCACACAUCUAAACUUAAGUGGAAAUAAACUGAAAGAUAUCAGCACCUUGGAACCUUUGAAAAAGUUAGAAUGUCUGAAAAGCCUGGACCUCUUUAACUGUGAGGUUACCAACCUGAAUGACUACCGAGAGAGUGUCUUCAAGCUCCUGCCCCAGCUUACCUACUUGGAUGGCUAUGACCGAGAGGACCAGGAAGCACCUGACUCAGAUGCCGAGGUGGAUGGUGUGGAUGAAGAGGAGGAGGACGAAGAAGGAGAAGAUGAGGAAGACGAGGAGGAUGAGGAUGGUGAAGAAGAGGAGUUUGAUGAAGAAGAUGAUGAAGAUGAAGAUGUAGAAGGGGAUGAGGACGACGAUGAAGUCAGUGAGGAGGAAGAAGAAUUUGGACUUGAUGAAGAAGAUGAAGAUGAGGAUGAGGAUGAAGAGGAGGAAGAAGGUGGGAAAGGUGAAAAGAGGAAGAGAGAAACAGAUGAUGAAGGAGAAGAUGAUUAAGACCCCAGAUGACCUGCAGAAACAGAACUGUUCAGUAUUGGUUGGACUGCUCAUGGAUUUUGUAGCUGUUUAAAAAAAAAAAAAAAAGUAGCUGUGAUACAAACCCCAGGACACCCACCCACCCAAAGAGCCAAAGAAUAGUUCCUGUGACAUUCCGCCUUCCUUCCAUGUAGUCCCUCUUGGUAAUCUACCACCAAGCUUGUGGACUUCACCCCAACAAAAUUGUAAGCGUUGUUAGGUUUUUGUGUAAGAUUCUUGCUGUAGCGUGGAUAGCUGUGAUUGGUGAGUCAACCGUCUGUGGCUACCAGUUACACUGAGAUUGUAACAGCAUUUUUACUUUCUGUACAACAAAAAAGCUUUGUAAAUAAAAUCUUAACAUUUUG